UCUCCUCUCUUUCUCCUCUCUGUCUCUGAAGAUGUUUUCAAGUUUUUCGCGGGGCGGCGCGUCCGCCUCGGGAGACGCUUCAGAUUUGUCUCCUGAUGUGAACGAAGUCGACUUAGACGAAGUGCUCUGUGCAGUGGAAUUUGGAAAACCUGAGAGCGGGAGAAAUGUCGGAGCAGGAGUGAGUGUCGUUGGAGUCUGCCUCUUCGACCGGCGCGCGUUCAAGAUCCAGUUCUGCGAAUUCUCCACCACAAACGACCUCGCGGUUCUCGAGGGCCUGCUGCUGCAGGUCCGACCGUCCUGUGUGGUUUCGACUGAGGCAGGAGGCGCUGGCGGGACAGGCGAAGGAUGGAGGAAGAAGCUGGCUGACCUUGCCGCUGCCUGCGAAUGCGAGUUUGUUCCUGUGAAAAAGAACUCUGCAGACACUGCGAGCUUGCAUCAGGAUUUAGCGACUUUGCUCGUUGCAGAGGAUUCAAUCAAAAACCACAUUUCCAGGGAGCUUCAACUGAAGACGGCGGCCGCUGCGUGUGCCGCCCUCCUCUCACAGGCACGACUUCUCAGCGACGACAUGUACAUCCGCCAGUGCACUUUGGAAACGUAUCCUCUCGGCAACUAUCUUCGCAUCGACAAUGCGGCCGCAGCUGCGUUGUAUCUUUUUCCUUCCAGUCUUCAACAAUCUCAGCAGCAGGCGCUUCUGCCUCUCUCGGCGAAAAGCUCAGGCGCCUCACGAGCUUCUUCUCUCGCUUGCGCGCUGUCGGCUGGAGGAGGAAUUUCCAGUGUGUAUGCCUUGAUGAGCAGAUGGUGCUCGACGCAGCUAGGCGCGCGACGGCUCUUCACUUGCAUGAGUCAGCCUCUUGUGGACAAAAAGAAAAUUGAGGAACGUUACGACAUCGUCGAACUCUUCCAAACGGAUGAAGCGUUUCGUCGCCAAGUCUUCUGCAGCCACUUCAAGCAUGUCUUCGAUUUGGAUCGUCUCGCUGGGCGCUUCCACCGUCUGGCCUCCGCAGCGAAAGACCUCGACGCAGACGCAGCUCCCCGGGGAAAGAAGGGAGGCAUUUUUUCUCGAGUCAAACUGACUCUGGAAGACUUGGUGAAGCUCUACGACUGCGCCGUCGAGUGCACAUCCCUCGAGACGACGCUGCGAGGGUACGCGGGCAUCCAUCGCGAGUCUCUGGAGAAGGCGUUCACGGAGCCUCUCAGUGAAGCUGUCAAGAGUUUCUCUACGUUCAUCAAUCUCGUGGAAUUCACGAUCGACAUGGAAGAGGCGAAGCACGGCUCCUUCGUCAUCAGCAGAAGGUUCGACAGCGAGCUUGCGUCCCUCCUGGACAAGAAGGAGGAGUUGCGAAGCCGAAUGAACAGGGAGCGACAGAAAGCCGAAGACGACAUCCCCUUUGCCAGUCGGAAACGUGAUACAGAAAUCGUGAAAUUGAUCGAAGACAAUACAAUGGGCUUCGUCCUGCGCGUCACCAAGAAAGAUCAAUCCGCCGUCCUCAGCUCGCGUGGGCGUUACCACCAAGUGCGUUUGAACAAGAGCGAGUUGAUUUUCACGACGUCGGAGCUGCGAGGCCUUUGUCGAGAGUUCAAGGAUGUAGCGGAGGCGUACGCGGCCAUGCAGAACUCGCUGGUGGAGAAGGCGCUGCUCGUUGCUGCUUCGUACUGGCCGGCCGUUGAGAAGCUCGCAGAACUUCUGGGGAUGCUCGACGUCUUGGGAGCCUUUGCUGCAGCUGCGAACGCGGCGCCCAUGCCCUACGUCCGGCCUCAGAUUGUUGAGGGUGACGCAGGCGGUCUGGUGCUCAAAGCGUCUCGGCAUCCGCUACUCGAAAUCCAGCCGGGAACGUCUUCCUUCAUCGCCAACGACGUCCACUUAGAUCGCGAACGACGCCUCGCAAUCAUCACAGGGCCGAACAUGGGGGGGAAAUCGACUUAUAUUCGGCAAGUGGCGCUCACCGUCCUUCUUGCGCAAAUCGGAUCUUUCGUUCCCUGCGCCAGCUGUCAACUCCCCAUCUUCACGCAAGUGAUUUGCCGGGUGGGAGCGUCGGAUAUUCAGCUCCGCGGGGUGUCAACUUUUUUGGCAGAAAUGGUGGAGGCUGCCGCAAUUCUCAGAAAUGCAAAUACGCAGAGCCUCGUCGUCAUCGACGAACUCGGGCGCGGCACUUCGACCUACGAGGGAUUCGGCUUGGCCUGGGCGAUCGCCAAGCACCUGGCGGCUGAGGCGAAGUGUCUUUCUUUGUUCGCUACACACUUCCACGAAAUGGGCCAGUUGUGCGAGGAAGUUCCGGGCGUUUCGAAUCUGCAUGUUUCCGCUGCGGUGAACCGAGAGACGCAGCAGCUCGCCUUCCUCUACCGCCUGCAGUCCGGCUGCGUCGACCAGUCCUUCGGCGUCCACGUCGCAGGCUUCGCGGGGCUGCCGGCGACCGUCGUCGAGCGCGCCAGACAAAAGUCUGCGGAGCUGGAAGCUGUGGAGCGAGGAGAGCAAGAGCGAAGAGAAAGCGGACACCGCGGAGCUCGAAAACGGUCGCGAAGCUUGGAACGCGACGGCGGAGGCGCAGCGCCGCAGCGCGAAGGAGAGCCAAGAGAAGAGAGAGCAGAGGAAAGAGGAGAGGGGGAAGGCGGAGAGCGACAGCAAGCGAGAGAAGAGUGGCGAGAGCGACGGCGGGCGUUCGGGAAGCUGACUCGAUGUUUGAAGGAGCUGUUUGAAGAAGGGGAGGCAGGCGAUUUUGUGCGAAGAGUCACGAACGCUCGAGAGAAAAUUCGUCAACUGAAGGACGCAGCCGCGCCGCCAACGUGGAAGGAAGUCCAGGACGGUGGUCGCGGUCCAGGUCCCUCGGUUCCUGUCGCGGCUUAGGCGUCUUGGAGGGAGGGCGCGUGACUUUCUCCUGAAAACGAGACUGCUCUGCCAGUGUCCAUUUCGAAUCAGAACUAAAACUUAUCCAGGCUGGACGCGUGUGAGUCUGCGUCUCCUGCAGACAAGUGAUUGGUGACGAGGAAAGGGGAGUUCGCGAACCUGGCGUCGACUCUCCAUGCAGUUCUGCCUUGGGAGGCGCUUCAGAUGCACACCACCUGUUGUGGGGUGCCCUUGUCUUGGAGAGCAGAGAUCUUCUGUGCGUCUUCUCCCUUGUCUUCUUCACGACUUUGGCUUUCUGGGUGUCUUGCGUGCUUUGCUUUCAUGAAAAACCGGGCGCUCUGUUCUCGAGCGCUUCAAAGCAGUGUUCAGGCUUCGCGCGGAUCUCCUGCGUCUUCGUUCUUCGCUUGGCAAGCGCC